CACGUAAAAGGUGUCCAUUAAAAAAUUAAAAACAUAAAUUUAUCGUGUCAUGUCUGAAAAUCUUUGUGAUUGAAGAAACCAAAGACUGUGUGUUCUCUGAACUACAGUUAAUUCUCUCUCCUUUCUCAACUCUCAAGAGCCAAAGGCCAUUACGGAGAUCACCCAACAAUCAACAUCUUCUCUUUGGUUUAACCCAAAGAAAGAUCCAAAAAUGCUUAUGCUUUUAUUUUGUUCGUAAAAGAAAAGAAGCUCGGAGAUGAUGCUGGUUCUCUCAUCUUUGUGACUUUUUUGAAAGAAAAUCGAAGGCCCAUUCUCCAUUGGAAGGUAAAUUGGUUACCCUUUCCAUUAGAUUCUCUUUUGGAACCUCAUUUUUUGUAUUCAACUCUGGUGGUGCCUUUGGAAUUACUGAUAGUUAAUUCAGCAACACUGUAUUAGAUGAAAGGGAAAGUUGUAAUUAUUUUUUUUUAGAUUGAACUCGGCUCGUUGAAUGUAUCUGGUACUCUUGAUUGUUGCAGAAAGGAGCAGUUAGUGCAUACUCAUGUUUAGAAUGAGCUCUGUAAUAAAUUUGGUUGCUGUCUUAUGGUGAUUCUUUGUUGAUUAAGGAGUUUCAUCAUAUUAGUGUUGAAUUUGUUGAUGGCAUCAAUUAGAAGAACACUGUCUCCGGUGCCUCGACCGGGGACUCCGGUUACAGGGGAGGCUGAACGUUCAGUUCCUUCUCCUCUGUCGAAGUCGACAAUGCCGCAGACUGGUGGCUUGUUAUCUUCUCUUAUAGGUUUAUCAGAUUCUCAAGCAUUGGUGUUCGGUGUUUUUUCGCCGAGAACUACUAGGCCUGUUGAUAGGCCGAAUCUGAAACACAAAGGACAAGUAUGGAGGAGGGCUCUUUUUCAUUUCUUCAUUUGUUUCCUACUCGGUUUUGUUAUCGGAUUGACAUCAUUCGUUUCCGUAGGCUUUUCUUAUAUGAACCUCAUUUCAGAGCAACAAGCAUUUGCUUUCGAGGUAGAACCGACUUUUGCAAGUUUCCAUAUGCAUGAUGGUUCAGAAAGGAAUGUGACAUCAAUGGCGGAUGACACUGAGGUUGAAAACAAUGUCACAUUGAAUCCACAUGCAUUGGUGCAAAGACAGGGAAUGAUUGAAGGGAAUUUAGAUAAUGCCCUGACUAAUCAAUCACUUCCUCAAGAUAUAAAUCUGGGAUCCCGGAAGCUUUUGAUUGUUAUAACUCCAACACAUGCUCGACCGCAUCAAGCCUAUUAUCUAAACCGCUUGGCAUACACAUUAAAGCUAGUUCAACCUCCAUUAUUGUGGAUAGUUGUGGAGAUGACCUCACAGUCCGAGGAAACAGCCAAUAUCCUAAGAAAGAGUGGCAUUAUGUAUAGGCAUCUUGUUUGCAAAAAGAAUCUGACCGAUAUAAAAGACAGAAAUGUUCAUCAAAGAAAUGUGGCAUUAUCUCACAUUGAAACUCAUCGACUUGAUGGAAUUGUCUACUUUGCCGAUGAGUAUAAUGUCUAUUCAAUCGAUCUCUUCCAGCAAAUGAGGCAUAUUAGGCAGUUCGGGACAUGGACCGUGGCCAAACAAACACAGGACAACGAUAGAGUUACACUGGAAGGCCCUGUUUGUAAUGGAACUAAAGUCAUUGGAUGGCACCUAAAUGAACUAAGCAAGAGAUACAGAAGAUUCCAUGCUGAAAUGCCGGGGUUUGCCUUCAAUAGUACCAUACUCUGGGAUCCAAGACGAUGGCAUCGACCCACUCUUGAACAGAUUAGACAACUCGAGACAGUCAAAGAUGGCUUCCAAGCAAGCUCAAUUAUUGAACAAGUCGUGGAAGAUGAAAGCCAGAUGGAAGGCUUACCGCAGAACUGCUCGAGAAUCAUGGUUUGGGAGGUUAAUAUCGAAUCUAAUUCCUUCUAUCCCCAAAAAUGGUUGAUGAAGAAUAACUUAGAUGUUAUUGCUCCGCUUGCAUGAAAUUCCGGGUUUGAAAGGACUUGAUUUUGGACGUCAGGGUGAGUGUCGGUCCUUUCCCAAGUAAUCAAAAUAUUUGUUCAAAACGUUUUACGUUUGAAAAAUUAAAAAUCAACACAGAAUCUUUGUACAGCAUAUUUUUUUUUCCCAUUUCUGCAUUGCCUGCUGAUUUUGGUUGGUCCUGGUUAGGAAAGGAUGAUCAUAUUGUUACCUGGCAUCUAUCUUAUUCAUUUGUGCUAUAUUGUUCCGGCUUUUCAUUUUUCUCGAAUUACUGUAUUUGACAUCCGUGUACGACAAGAGGCUCAUAUUUUUUCUUAAAGCUUUUAUUUCUAUGUACUCGGUCAAUACAGAAAGGUUUUCGUUCGACAUCACACAUACCUAACUGAAGUGCUCGUAUAUUCCGAGAAACUUAACAAUCAUCUAUACUCUCAUGAUCUCCUAAUCCUGAGUUCUCGGCCUCGUUUUCGUUAUCUCCAUGACAAGGACCGUGAGCUUUGCAGCAAACCAGAAAGUACACAAAAUUAAGCAUGCUCAAGCCAG